AUGGGCCCGCCAAUCCUCCUAUUUCUCUUCUCCUCUCUCGUUUGCCAAUGUGCCGGCCUCAAAAUUAAGUCAGAAGUCGACGUGACCAAGUUUGGGCUCACUCAGAAAGAGAUUCUCAAGUCUCCCCACUACAAGGACAAAGUUUUCAAUGUGCCCAUGUCGACAGACUCCGGAGAGGAGCUCCUCGAACACUGGGCCACUCAGGGAUUCUCCGGAGUCGUGGCCGCGAUUGCGACGAGAAGGUGAGCACAGAAACUGAUCAUCUGCUCCAAAAACCCGCCGUAAUUUAGACUGCCACUGGUUGAAGAAUAUCAGAGAAAAGCCCACGAGAAGUGCUCAUCGGAGGCUGAAACUCUUUCGGAGCACGCAAAAUGUCUGAUUCAAUUGGAAGAAGACGCUCAUCGCAAUGUACUUAUUCAUCGAAAGAAGCUGUUCAGCAGAAGUAGGACAUCCUAAUCAGUAAUAAUCACAUUCUUAAAUGUUUCAGACAUGCGCCGUAAGAUCGACAAGAUGGUCACCAAAACAACGAUGGCUCCGAUGAGCGUGGAAGAGGUUAAGAAGGAGAAGGAGUGGGUGGGAUCGUUCCGGUUCCGAGCAAAGAGAGAAAUCAAGGUGCACACGAGAGACAGUUACACUUUGAAGGGACAGAAGGAGAUGUGAGCGCAUGGCCUGGCAAUUUCAUUGUCAUUAUUAUAUUGUAGGACUCCAUUUGGAUUGAUUACCAAACAUCUCACGAGUGCGAUUAAAAUGAUUAAAAAGACGGACUCGAUUUCGAAGUGGCAAGACACGAUCGGACGCAUUUCCGAAAAAGCCAGAGAGAUCAAAGAGCAAAAGAAGAUGGAGGAUUUCAUGCAGAAAAGACUGAGCAUAUUCACGGACGCGGCCGCCAAAAUGCAGAAGAACAAGAAGAUGGCGAAGGAUGAGAGUUUGAAAGAGUUGGCCGAUUUGGAGCAGUACAUUGACAACGAUCAGAUCAAGGACAUGCUGCGAAACAAGGCGGGAAGCAUGAGCGAACAGGAGAAAAUGAUGCUCAUUCCCAUUCAAAUGAUCAGAAACGCGGCCAAGUUGGGACUCUCUAUGAAUGGAUACAAUACGACGGACUUUGAUAAGAAAGUCGUGCGAAUUGCCAGUCCCCGGAUUAUGAGUGUGAUCCCACAGGAGGAAGAGGCCAAACAGAAUGAGGUGAGAAUAUUUCUGAAGCCUGGGGCUACUUUACAUCGUGUUCUUCGCAGAUCGACGUGCUCUCGCCCUCACUCUUCGCUCUCCAUGAAGACGGAUCGGGUGUUGAGAAGCAGGCGUCGUUGAACAACCUUCUGGGAUCUCUGACCGAUAACAAGGACUCUCAAGACUUUUUGGAUUUCAUUGUAGAAGCCACCGGUGUGAAUGAGGCUAUGACAAGAGUAGAAGUACGGUAUUCGUUUGAGAAGAACUUUCCAACGAGAUCUAAUCAUUUCAGAAAAAGAUCGGAGAGUACCGUAGGCUGAAGGACGACGCGAUGGGCAGAGGGCCUGAAGGACAGCCCCUCUACUUCACGAGGGAUAAUGUGACGGAGAAGUACCCGCACGAGGCGAAGAAGAUCGAAAUGUUCGAGGCACUCGACAAGACGUAUUCGGAUGAGCAGUUGAAAGAAAUGAACAGAACUGGCUACACAAUUAUGAGACACGAUCAGAUGGAUCUGAUCUACGGGAAGGGGUCCGUCGGGGAGAAUCGGAAGUUCUUGGAGACAGCGAAAGCAUUGAGCAGACCGCAGAUCGACAGAGCCAUCAUGAGCACGAUCAAGGAUUUGGCGAGAGAAAAGGUGAAGUUCGAGGCGAGAAAGAACGACAUCGUUCUGUCGCCGGUCACUUUCACCAACUUCAUCCUGGAUCCGGUGGUGAGUUGAAGCCCUUUCCAGUCGCUUCACAAAUCCAACAUUUGCAGUCCGUCUCCCAACCGACGAUCCUUUCGCCCAUCAUGCUGUGUUCUCUGGUCCUCUCUCCGGCCAUCUACGGAGUGAUGGUCAUGUCGCCGUGGCUGAUGGUCCCGGUCAUCCUUUCGCCCCGUGUCCUCUCCCCCGUCGUCAUUAAUCCCUUCCUGAUGGUGCCCAUUAUCGUGUCGCCGCUGGCCUUCAACCCCUUCAUUCUCUGCCCCGGAUCCAUGAAUCCUUUGUCCUUUCGCCCCUGGUCUUCGCUCCGUUCAUCCUUUCCCCACAGGUCCUUACCCCCCUCAUCCUGACUCCCUUCUGCCUCGGUCCCAUUAUCCUCAACCCGUUGGCUCUCAGUCCGCUGGUUCUUUCUCCGUUCGUUCUCUCUCCGACCAUUCUUUCUCCCCAAUACAUCACUGCCGUCGUUCUUUCUCCAUACGCUCUCAGUCCUGCCUGGGGAUCCGACGGAGCAAUGGUCACUGUGUUCGCUUCUCCCAGCUGGCUGUCCUAA